AUGUUGAGUGUUAACAGUAAUUUUCCUGAAUACGCGGUGCCUGGCGCCAAGCAGCUUCGUUUUGAACCUUACGCAGACAAUGGAGGCAGCGUUGUGGCCAUCGCCGGCGAAGACUAUGCCGUUAUUGGUGCGGAUACCCGACUUAGCACUGGUUUUUCAAUUUAUACUAGAGAACAGAAGAAACUUUUCAAACUCUCUGAUCGUACCGUUCUCGGUGCUACUGGAUGCUGGUGCGACACUCUCACACUAACGCGUUUAUUGCAAGCGCGUAUGCAAAUGUAUGAACAUGAACACAAUAAAGCUAUGUCGACUCCUGCUGUUGCGCAGAUGCUGUCUACGAUGCUAUAUUAUAAACGAUUUUUCCCUUACUAUAUUUCGAACAUUCUUGCUGGGUUAGAUGCAGAUGGUAAGGGUUGUGUCUACAGCUAUGACCCUAUUGGACAUUGUGAACGCUCAAACUACCGUGCUGGUGGAUCAGCAGGCGCUCAGCUGCAGCCUCUUCUUGAUAAUCAAAUUGGACUUAAAAACAUGCAGAAUGUUACUGAAGCUCCUGUACCUAAAGACAAGGCUCUUGCAUUACUCAAAGAUGUUUUCAUUAGUGCAGCUGAACGUGACAUUUACACUGGUGAUUGUAUUUACAUUUUAGUCAUAACAGCCAGUGGAAUUCAAGAAGAGAAGUUUGAAUUACGUAAAGAUUAA